AUGGUCAGCUCAACGUCCGUUCCGUGCCCUCCACCACCAGCCACCCCAAGCGGUGGCCACGGCCACAAACCCCACCCACCAUCAAAGGGAACGUGCCCUGAAGAUACUCUAAAGUUAGGAGUGUGUGCCAAUUUGUUAAAUGGCUUGGUGAACGUAGUUGUUGGAACCCCUCCACAAACUCCAUGCUGCUCCCUUGUCCAAGGUCUAGCCGAUCUCGAGGCUGCAGUUUGCCUUUGCACUGCUAUUAAAGCUAAGGUUUUGGGCAUUAACCUUAAUGUACCAGUUUCCCUCAGCUUGUUGCUUAUCUACUAA